CCACAGAUAACUUAUUGCAAACUAGUUCAGUAUCGUUUUGAAGAUAGAACGAAUGUUGCGCGCUCCGUGCCCGAAUAAAAAAAGUUAAUAUUCAAAAUAAGAACACAGAAAAUGGCGGCCAAAUGGGAUAAUGAUGAAGUUGUGCAAAGGUUCAGGGAAUAUUUACAAAUUCCGAGUGUUCACCCCGAUAUUGAUUAUGGCGACUGCGUAAAAUUCUUGCAGAAACAAGCAAGUGAGCUGGAUUUGCCCGUGGCUGUGUAUGAGCCUGUGCCUAACAAACCUAUAGUCGUUAUAACAUGGGAAGGUCUGCAGCCAGAUCUCCCUACUAUAUUGUUGAAUUCUCAUAUGGAUGUCGUUCCUGUGUAUGAGGAAUUCUGGACAUACCCUCCUUUCGGUGCGGUGGUUACAGACGAUGGGUACAUCUAUGCUAGGGGCACUCAAGACAUGAAGAGUAUUGGUAUGAUGCACCUGGAGAGUGUGAGACGGCUUAAAGCGGCAGGAGUCAGAUUGAAGAGAACUGUGCAUAUUUCUUUUGUUCCUGAUGAAGAAAUCGGCGGCGUAGAUGGUAUGAAGGCAUUCUCAUUGACACCUGAAUUUAAGAAUUUGAACAUCGGCUUCGGUCUAGACGAGAGCGCGCCCAACGAGCAUCCUUCAGAGAUCCUAGCUUUUCACGGAGAAAGGACUUCCAGACAAAUCAUAGUGACGUGUCGAGGCGAGCCUGGUCACGGCUCAUUGUUGAUCCCUGGGACUGCUGGUGAAAAGUUACAUUACAUGAUCAACAAGUUUAUGACCUUACGAGCCGAAGAGAAGAAGAAAGCAGAUGGUAAUGUCUGGUAUGGUGAGGUUACCACCGUCAACUUGACACAGAUAUGGGGUGGAGUCCAAAUCAACGUAUUACCAGAGAGUUUAUCAGUAUCUUUCGAUAUAAGAAUCGCUCCACAGUAUGAUCAUGAUGAGUUUGAUCAAAUGAUAUCGAGAUGGUGCGAAGAAGCGGGUGAAGGAGUAAGUUUCGAGUACAUUGUCAAGAACCCUCAAGUUAAAAGCACGAAAAUAGAUGGUAGUGUGCCCUUCUGGGAAGCUAUGAAGAAAGUAGUUACUGAUAUGGGCAUUUCAGUGAAGUGUGUAAUUUGUCCCGGCGCAACCGACGCACGAUAUGUGCGAGCCCAAGGCAUCCCCGCCAUCAACUUCUCUCCCAUCAUGAACACUAAGUUAUUAAUCCACGCCCACGAUGAGACAAUACAUAUAGACGUCUUCAAAAGAGGAAUCGAUAUAAUUGAAAAAGUUGUUGAAGCCGUUGCUAAUGUUUAGAGAAAUAUAACGUUGGUCGUAGAUAUGAAAAACAUUAUUAAAGUUCUUUAAAAAGUUA